CGGCUCGCGGUGCCUUCUGCCUUCGCUCUGGCUCAGAAAAGUUCAGUUCCGAAGAGUCUCCGACAAUGAAGACACUGUGGAAGGUUCUCCUGGGACUGGUGGGUGCUGCUGUGCUCGUCACCGUCAUCACGGUGCCGGUGGUCAUGCUGAACAAAGGUACAGGUAAUGCUGCAGCUGACAGUCGCAAAACUUACACUUUAUCUGACUACUUAAAAAAUACUUUUAGAAUGAAGUUCUACUCCUUACGGUGGAUUUCAGAUCAUGAAUAUAUCUACAAACAAGAUAACAAUAUCUUGCUAUUCAAUGCUGAAUAUGGAAACAACUCUGUUUUCUUGGAGAACAGUACAUUUGAUGAAUUUGAAUAUUCCAUACAUGACUAUUCAGUAUCUCCUGAUGGAAAAUUUGUUCUUUUUGAGUACAACUAUGUGAAGCUAUGGAGGCAUUCCUACACAGCUUCCUAUGCCAUCUAUGAUGUAAAUAAAAAGCAGCUGAUUACCAAUGAGAAAAUUCCAAAUAACACACAGUGGAUUGCAUGGUCACCAGAGGGUCAUAAACUGGCAUAUGUUUGGAACAAUGAUAUUUAUGUUAAAAAGGAACCAAAUUUCCCAAGUCAGAGAAUCACAUGGACGGGAGAAGAAGAUGUAAUCUAUAAUGGAAUAACUGACUGGGUCUAUGAAGAGGAAGUCUUCAGUGCCUACUCUGCUCUGUGGUGGUCUCCAAACGGCACUUUUCUAGCAUAUGCCCAAUUUAACGACACAGACGUCCCGCUUAUUGAAUACUCCUUCUACUCUGAUGAGUCACUGCAGUACCCAAAGACAGUGCGGGUUCCAUAUCCGAAGGCAGGAGCUGUGAAUCCAACUGUAAAGUUCUUUAUUGUAAAUACAGAUUCCCUCAUCGCAACAGCUAAUGCAACUUCUGUCCAAGUAGUUGCUCCAGCUGCCAUGUUAACAGGGGAUCAUUACUUGUGUGAUGUGACUUGGGUCAACCGAGAAAGAAUUUCUUUGCAGUGGCUCAGAAGGAUUCAGAACUAUUCUAUCAUGGAUAUCUGUGAUUAUAAUAAAUCCAAUGAAAGAUGGUCAUGUCCAGUGGAACGACAACACAUUGAAAAUAGUACUACUGGCUGGGUUGGAAGAUUUAGGCCUUCAGAACCUCACUUCACAUCAGAUGGUGCUAGCUUCUACAAGAUUAUCAGUGACAAAACGGGCUACAAACACAUUUGCCGUUUCCAAAUAAAUAAUGAUGACUGUACAUUUAUUACAAAAGGAAACUGGGAAGUUAUCAAUAUAGAAGCACUCACCAAUGAAUACCUAUACUACAUUAGUAAUGAGCAUAAAGGAAUGCCAGGAGGAAGAAAUUUGUAUAAAAUCCAACUUAAUGAUGUCACAAAAGUGACAUGUCUUACUUGUGAGCUGUAUCCAGAUAGGUGUCAAUACUAUUAUGUAUCAUUUAGUAAAGAGGCAAAGUAUUAUCAACUGCAAUGCUCAGGCCCUGGUCUACCCCUCUAUACUUUACAUAGCAGCAUGACUGAUAAAGAAUUGAGAGUCCUGGAAGACAACUCUGCUUUGGAUAAAAUGCUGCAGGAUGUUCAGAUGCCCUCAAAGAAACUGGACUACCUUAAUAUGAAUCAAAUGAAAUCUUGGUAUCAGAUGAUCUUACCUCCCCAUUUUGAUAAAUCCAAGAAAUAUCCUCUACUAAUAGAUGUAUAUGCAGGUCCCUGUAGUCAAAAAGCAGAUGCUGUCUUCAGACUCAACUGGGCUACUUACCUUGCAAGUACAGAAAACAUUAUAGUAGCUAGCAUUGAUGGCAGAGGAAGUGGUUACCAAGGAGAUACUAUCAUGCAUGCAAUCAACAAAAGACUGGGAACUUUUGAAGUUGAAGAUCAAAUUGAAGCAGCAAGACAAUUCUCAAAAAUGGGAUUUGUGGAUGACAAACGGAUUGCCAUUUGGGGCUGGUCAUAUGGAGGGUAUGUAACCUCAAUGGUCUUGGGAUCAGGAAGUGGCGUGUUCAAGUGUGGAAUAGCUGUGGCGCCUGUAUCACGCUGGGAAUACUAUGAUUCAGUGUACACAGAACGUUACAUGGGUCUCCCAACUCCAGAAGAUAACCUUGACUAUUACAAGAAUUCAACAGUCAUGAGCAGAGCUGAAAAUUUUAAGCAAGUUGAGUACCUCCUUAUUCAUGGAACAGCAGAUGAUAACGUUCACUUUCAGCAGUCAGCUCAGAUCUCCAAAGCGCUGGUGGAUGCUGGAGUGGAUUUCCAGGCAAUGUGGUAUACUGACGAAGACCAUGGAAUUGCCAGCAGCUCAGCACACCAACAUAUAUAUACUCACAUGAGUCACUUCAUAAAACAAUGCUUCUCUCUUCCUUAGCACUUCAAAAUAGCAUGCCAGUAAAGCUUAUUACAAACCACUUUUGUUUUCAGUAUUUCAAAACUGUACUGUCAAGAUGAUGAUCUUAAAGCAAAUGUACUCAAAUUAAGAAAUUGAAGGUUACCCUUGUGCCAAAUUUUACACCUAUUAACCCUAAAACUUCUGUCUUUGCAACAGAUUAUUGUUUUAUAGAAAAGUUUGAAUUAUUCAGUCCAGUUUCAUUUUAGCAUUUAAAAUCAUUUCCAUAUCAGCUGCUGAAACAACAGAAACUAUGAAUUGUUUUUAUGGGUGUUUUGCAUAGGUUCCUGGACAGGGCUUUUAUCUUUUUCUAACUGGACUUAUGUCUUUAAAGGAAUGGCAAGAUGUGGGCAGUAAUGUCACUAAGACAGAGACAAGAAAACAACAAAAAAAAAGAUUCUGAAGGGAUGAUGGCAGGGCCAGCCUGGGAACCCAAGGCUGAGCAUAUCAACCCCGCGAGGCUACUGUUAGCUCCCUCAGAGAGGAGCUCUUCAUAACCAGGCACAGUUUUCUGAGAAAGACUAUUCAAACAGUCUCAGGAAAUCGUAUAUGCAAAGCACCAACUUCUGAGUAAAACCACAGCCUUUGAUUAGAAUCCAAAGAAAUGAAAGGGAAAUUGCCAACAAUACAAGGUCUCCAGGUGCCAGUUAGGGCUACAGGUGCUAUAAAACAGCAAGGGCGAGGGGAAAGCAUUUAAAAUGUGUUUUAAAAGACAAUGCUGAUGUUUCAUGGUAGAAGAGGCGGCUUGGAACUCGGAUGUGAGUGAACACAUCAGCUUGCUCUGUUAAAAGGUGAAAAUAUUUGUAUCAUAAAUCCUACUUGAAGGAGUCCUUGCAUCAAGUUUUCUUAUUUCAUUUCUUUGAGCAUCUUAAUUAAAAGAAUAUUUUAAGUGUCUUGGUUUCAUUUUUUGAAAAAAACAAACUGAAAAUAAAGCAGAAUGUGAAUGUAUCAUUAUCUGCCUUCUGCAUAAUGUGGAAUCUCCACUGGUCAAUGAAUAAAUGUGCCUUCAUUUUUUCAGA